CUGGGCGCGGCUGGAGAUGCCCUUAAACCCGACGAAAGAAACAAAAAAAGCGGCGGCGUCAGAAGGGGAUCGAGCGAGCAGGAACCCUAAAUCCCAAUCGGAACCCUCAGGGGAUCCGUCGGCGGCGGAAGUGCUAGCUAGGAUUAGGAUUGGAGAGGCUCGGCGGGGAUCAGGCCAUGGCCACGGCGCUUCGCCACGCGGCGAGGAGGUUCGGAACCAGAGCGGCGGCGGAGGCGGAGGCGGAGGCUAUCAUUGAGCGUAGUCCGCUGUACACUAGCACACGGAUCGUCGAUUCCACCACAGGCCGUGACCUCACGCCCAAUCAGAGGAAAGAUGCCAUCUUCCGCUUGGCUCAAAUCCAUGCCCAGAAAGAGGACCUCUACAACACAAUCGCUGCCUGGCAAGCUGACUACACUGCUAAGGGCAAUGUAGUGACCCGGAAAAACAACCUUUUGCUCAAACAACUCUCUCAGCAUGUCAAACCUAGACCCGAUGACCCCCGCUGGCGCUCAAGUCAGCGGGCAGUAUACUUUAAUGAUUUCCUCAAAUUCACGGGGGCAGUUUUGAUCGGCAAAAUGGCAGGAGAUGCCUUUAGUCAUUACAAGGCAAAACAAGAUCAUGAUGGCCACAAGGGAUCAAGCUAGCUUGCUGCAUACAAGUCAACUAGUUAGUACCUGGUCUUGCAGAGAACCAAAUCAUAAGUCAUGUCUGCUAGCUAGCUUCUUAUCACAAUUGUUAGAAUGUUGUGAAUGUGCCUACCGCUGUUGUCGUCUCUGUUUAAUUAUGUUGCCUCCCUCUAUCAGUGUGUGUCAUAUCUGUUUUGCUGAUGAGUCAGUCUCGUCGAAUUAAAUAACUAGCUAUUGGUCGCUGUAUAUAUAUGUGUUUCCUCUUUCUUGGAACUCAGUGAGCCUUCAUGUCUGUUUGCUGUA